GUGUACCAUUACAAUAGCAGGCAUGUCUGGCGAGUCUUCGCAUGAGCCCGCGUCGUACGCGCUCGAGAGCAUCCGCCAUCUGGGCAACCGCCUCGAUGCCAUCGAAGCAGCCCAGCGCGCGCGAGCGGACGAAGGCAUUGUGACGACGACGGCGAGAGCGGCUCCAGACGCGCGUGAUGCAUUCGACGAUAUUGCGUCUUCGGUCAACCUCGACUUGGCGCAGGCCAAGCACGUCCCCCAGCUCGAGAGCCUGCAAGGAUCGCUAAGGGCGCUGCAGGAAGCGAAAAGUACUGGACAAGUUCGUGGAGCAGGAGACCACGACGAGGCGGCGGAAUUGCUAGCCGUCGCCAAGGUGACGUAUGCUUCGUACGGCAUCGUCCUCGAUGCGCUCCUCCGGGAUGCCGAACGGGUCAACGACCAGGCGUGGUACUGGACAGAGGUGGAAGAAGAUCCCACGAGAACAGUUACCUAUCUGAUCCAGACUCUUCCCUCACGCAUCGUGAACCUGGUCCGCAUGACGAUCAGUGUGCUUUCAGAGACGGCCACGAAUGGCAUGGCCACAACACAGGAUGUGGCACAGCGUCGGAGACCAGUCAGCAUCGACGGUGAGACGCUGAAGCGAGCACUGCAGCUCCUUCGAAGCUCGCCCAAUCAUGUCGUUGGUGCUCUCUUUCCCCUCGCCGUCGACUCUUCUGCUGCUCCAUCCUCCCCUUUUCGAAGUGGCAUGCUUCAGGCGCAAGGAGCAGAUCAAGAGCAAGAGCAUGGGGAGACGGGGAAGCCGCAAAAGAAGAAAGGUGGCCUCCCGACUUCGCUACUUGUCUCAAGGGCACGGGCCUUUUCGCCCCUCGGCCUGACCAGGCACGAGGCGAGGACCAAGCGCUCGCAUCUCAUGCGGGAGAGGGACACCAUGGCCGAGAAGCUCGGCGCACUCGCCCUGGCCAUGCGAGCUGAUCAGCCCCAUUCUCCACCUGGGUCCCAGGUCGGCGACACGAGCGGCGUUGCCAUCGCUUCCAUUGGUGCAAAUCUGGACGCUCUGCGAGAGGAGUUGAGGAAGCGCAUACAGGACCUGCAGAAAGCCGUCGCGCUCGCUGGGGGUCCUGACGAGGCUGCUGAACUCUCUUUAUCAUCAUUGGCGACGGCAGAUGGCAUGGCUCGAAGCCUCGACGGAAUCCUGACGAGGUCCUUCACGACUCGACAGGCCUACGUUGCAUCCCUCCUGUCCCCCUCGCCAGUCGGUCUCGGCGUUCCGUCGCGCCUCGCUCGACUCUGGCCAACGCUCGUCCUGACGCCUCUGACCAUCCUCGUUGGUGGCCGCCUCAUCGUCCAGAGCUGGGACACCAUUGUAGCCAAGGCCUAUGAAUCCCGCGAGACGGUGCGCGCCUUUUUCGUCAACUGGGUCUACGAGCCCUGCAUCAAGCUCCUCGACACCAUCCGGCACGGCGAUGACCAGGAGGGCAUCAUCAUGACACGCGAGAGCCUCAACUCGGACCUGCGCUCCCUCGAGCGCAUGGUCACGUCGUUUGCCCAGGAAAAGUACCAUCUCCAGGGCGCUGAGCUCGAGGCGGUGGCGACCAAGGUGCGCGAAGGCGACCUGACGAACGUGCUCAAGAUCUACGAAGACGAGAUGCGCUCGCCGCUCCGGAGCGCGGUGGGCGGCUCCCUCAUCCGCUCGCUUCUCAUCCAGAUCCAAAAGGUCAAGGUCGACAUUGCCGUCGCAAUGCGUGGCGUGGACCAGCUGCUCAAGUCGCAGCAGCUCCUCUUUGGCGCCAUCGGCAUCGCGCCUGCCAUGGCGAUCCUGUACGUCGUGACCAACUACACCAAGGAGCGCGUCUCGAUUGCGCUGGGCCGAAAGGGCAAAGACGCCAGCCUGGGGACGAGGUUUCGGGCAUGGGAAGCCAUGCGGAGAAUCGACCGGCUCCUCGCUGGAGAGGGCGACGAAGGAGAGCAACAGGCUGGGGGAGACCAGGACGUGUCGGCGCUCACGCAGGGCCUGCUCCUUCUCGAUCUUGCUACGCUCCGGCGUGCCUCGCCCACGCUGCUUGCGAGCGUGUCAAAGGGCAGAAAGGCCACGGCGAAGCGUCUCAGAAGACAACUUCUGCAGGACAUCAGGGACCUCGAGCAGGGCGGAGGAAGCGGCAAAGGGGCAAACGUGGGCAGCGCAGUUGGUCUCAGCUGGCUUCGACGCAGAGCAGCCGUUGAUAGAAUGUGGAAGAGCUGGGGAGGAAUCUUGUCUCUGCCGAUGUAAAGAAACCCUACAAGUCUUCAAAAGUAGCACCCUCGCACCACUCUCAUGCAUUGCAAAUCUGUUGCCAUCCAAAUGCCUUGAUCGAUUGAUUAAAAAGAAGAGCCUAGCCAGCGUGAGCGAC